GUGCCCGUCGAAGAUGGCGGGCGGCACGCGAGACGGUUCGUUACGGUUCCGCCAAAAGAGCACCAACGGCGUGCACAACUCCGCGUGGAACGGCGUCGUCGAAGACGGAACCCCUUUACAGAACGAUCAACGACAAAACCGAAUGCGAGCCAACCGGCUAGGAGGCGCCUUCUACGCGUGCACGCUCGCACUCUACCUCGCCGCAGCGAUCGUCGUCGACCGCUGCGAGAACUCGCUCCCGGAUGUUGUGGGGUCCGUGCCCGGCGUCCUGAACGACGGGCGAACUUUCGUCGGAUCCCGGGCUCGGAGUCGACUCGCCGAACUCGUCUCGCUAGGCCCGCGAUCGGUGGGAAGCUACGAGAACGAAGUGGCCGCCGUGGAUUACCUUCUCAAGCAGCUGGAACACAUCAGGGAUCGGGCGCGUCCCGCGCACCGCAUCGAACUCGCCGUCCAGCGACCCAACGGUUCCUUCUUCCUGGGGUUCAUCGACGGGUUCACGUCCACGUACCGGAACAUUCAGAACGUGAUUGCGCGCAUCGCGCCGCGGGAAUCGCAGCCGGCGGCCGAUAAAAGGCAUUCCUUGCUCGUCAACUGUCAUUUCGACACGGCACCGGGAAGCCCGGGGGCCAGCGACGAUGCGAUCAACUGUGCCAUCAUGCUGGAAAUCCUGCAAGUUUUGUCGCAGCGGCCGGACGCCCUACGGCACCCCGUCAUUUUCCUGUUCAACGGUGCGGAGGAAAACAUUCUCCAGGGAGCUCAUGGCUUCAUCACUCAACAUCCCUGGGCCAAGGAAGUGGCUGCCUUCGUCAACUUGGAAGCGUGUGGGGCUGGUGGAAAGGAACUGCUCUUUCAAGCCAGCAAUAGUCACCCAUGGCUGGUGCGAUCAUAUGUGGAGGGGGCGGUGCGGCCAUUCGCUUCCAUCAUCGCGGAGGAGGUAUUUCAGAGUGGGCUGAUUCCAUCAGACACGGACUUCCGGAUAUUCCGGGAUUUCGGGGGUUUGCCAGGUCUUGACUUCGCAUUUGCCAAGAACGGCCAUGUCUAUCACACGAAGUACGACAACCUUGAUUAUGUGCCUGGUGGAUCCAUUCAGCAUGCUGGAGACAAUAUCCUGGGGCUCCUGCUCAAGAUCCUGGAAGCUCCUGAGCUGGAGCUCGGCGGGGUGCAGUCCAUGGACGGGACGCACCAGGACAGCAGAGACGGAAUGGUCUACUUUGACUUCCUGGGCUUCUUCAUGGUCACCUACACCUACUCGGUGGGCAACUUGCUGGUCAAGCUGGUGGUCCUGGUCUCUCUGGUCUCUAUGGCGUGGCGCAUAAAGUCCUCCUCCGCGGGACGUCAUCUCUAUCACCGUGAGCUGGCGCUCCAGGUGUGGGGCCGGGUGCUGGCGCUGGUGGUGAUCCUGUCCAGCUGGGGGCUGGGCAUGCUGGCCUCUGCGCUGGUGGCUCACCUGCUCACCCUGCUGGGCAGUACCAUGGCCUGGUAUGCCACGCCCUACCUGGUGGUGGGGCUCUACUACUCUACCACCGUGGCCACGUUGAUCAGCGUACACUGGGGCAUUGCGACGCUGCGACGCAGGAGUAAGGCGGGAAUGGGAGCGAAGAUCAUAGGGGACCCGACUGAGCACGAGGACGACUGGUCGGUUCUGGAACGCUACCUGGACGCCACUCAGCUCCUCUGGAUGGUCGUCUCGUGCUGGCUCAUGUCGACGGGUGUCCAGAGCUGCUACCUCAACAUCUCCUGGCUGGCCAUCACGGGCGUCGCCAUGUCCGUGCUCUCGCGCUGGGUCCUCAACUUCGGCAGGAGAGGACAACAUGGCAGACUGCUGGCAGUGGUGCUUGGCUCCCACGUCCUGCCCCUACUCAUGGCCGUCUACUUCUGCAUCAACCUGCACAUGGCCAUCAUGCCCAUCAUGGGCCGUGUGGGCACGCUCGACAACCCCGAGGUGUCGGUGGCUGUCAUUUCCGGUUUCCUGGCCAUUGCCAUCACCUCCUUCAUGGCACCCCUGAUUCAAGUGUCGCGAAACGGUCGGCUGCCCGUGAUUUUCCUGGCUGCCCUCUCUGCCCUCUCAAUCCUGUUUGCCGUCAGCCCCCUGGGAUUCCCUUUCUCUGCAGCGCCUGGAUCUGCCUGCCCACAGAGGAUGCUCAUUUUUAAUGUGGAGCGUACAUUUCACAACCAGCAGAUGAAGCAAACCCACAGCGACACGGGUAUUUGGGUGGUUCCGCUGGACUUCAACGGACCACGGAGCGUGCGGGCUCACAUGUCCAAGGGACGUAAGGUGCAUCAUGUAGACUGCAGUCAGCACGUCUACUGCGGCAUGCCUUACUACUUCCCCGUCAUCUCCAAACUCAGGGAGAGCUACUACAUUGAAGCCGCCGGUCCCAUCUUUCACGCCAAAAGGAAAUUCGAGCUCAUCUCUCAGAAAAUGGUUCUGCCCAACGUGCGGAGGCUCAACCUUAGGCUUUCAGGCCCCAGCCACAUGGCACUGGUGAUGUCGCCCCGGGACGGGGUGGAGUUGCGUGGGUGGUCCUUCACAGCGGGCGUCGCCACGAAGGGUGUCUCCUGGCAAGGAAGACCGACAUACUUCGUCUAUUUUUCCCAGGGAAAGGACGAAGGACCCUGGGACUUUUGGCUUGAGCUAUCGCUUCCCCCAAACCACCCGACCUCAGAGCCAGUUUUGGACAUAGCCUUCCACACACACCUGAUGCAACAGUCCGAGCAUCGCCAGCCAGAGUUCCUUCGUUUUCUUGACGAACUUCCAGACUGGAUCCACGGCACUGCCUGGUCUUCAAGCGUGGACCUGUUCGUAUUCUGAGUGCCUGUUAACGCAAAAGAGGCGGCAGAUUGCUCGCAGAUGGCGACACACGCAGACGUUCCUGCCAUUGUUGCUCGAUUUUUGUAUUUUCGGUAGAGCCGGUGUUGAGCCAGACUCGGCCACGGUAGCAGUUCUGCCGCUGGAAACAGUCUUGUCCGGAAAAUUGCUCUAGACUAGCUGUUGCUUUCUGUUUCAACCAUUAUUUCCUGCUUCCUCGAACCGACAUUCCUUUGAUGUUUCUCUCAUUUUCAGGAAUUUUCAAAAUGGGGGGUUUUGUUAGCUCGUUUCCUCUUUUUCGUUGUGUUGCGGGGUUUAUCGUUUUGUUUUUAUAAAUGAGUGUACGUGCGUGUGUGCAGGUUUCUAGUAACUUUCAUUUGGAUUUUGACAAGCAUAAUGCUAAAGUUUUAAGUACCUGCAUAACCAGGUUCGCCCAGUGCCGACGGCAUGUUGUCAUGUGCAUGGCAACAGCAUUUACAUUGUGCGCGACCGUAGUGCCGAGACAGUGCAUCAGUGGCUUGCUCACUUAUGUAUGUGAAUGACCGAGUGACGUGCGUCUGCCCUUGCAAACGCCCUUUGAAUGAACAACAUAAUCAAGCGACGCAAUUCAUAUCAUUUGUACGGCUUACGCUAAUGCAGCUGCUUUUCUCAGUCUCGCAAGCCGCUUGGAUGAGAGCUUUUCUUUCUAAAUGUAUUUGAGGCUAGGAUGGGUCGACCGCCGUUCAGAGCUCGUAUGGGGCGGCUUGCGUU